AUGGCACACUACAAGUCAUUGAAUCUCCACAUUAAUUCAUUGUGGAAAGGGUUUAAUUAUCUGGGAGGAAAUUUGGCAACAAAUUGGAUAGUUGGGGAAAGCUUGUCGAAUUUUAAGAGGGUUUUUCUGGUCCAUCCUUCGCCUGCCCUAUCGAAGAAGGGCUACUGUAGUUUAUCUCAAGUUGUUUCUGCAAUUCCUCAAAGCAAACCACUAACCUCUUCCAAAAGUGAUCAUGAGGUCCACCAAGAGGUACCUCUUGAUUUGGUCAAGCGGGAAGAAAAAGCAGUGGAAGCUAAUAAUCCUUCCAAUGGCAGAGAGUACCGUAUGGAAAAACUAGUGUUUCACCCAAAGAAAAUGUCAUGGCAAAAGAGCAACCGCCCUCCUACACCUGAUACUGUUGUUCAGGGACUUCCAUACUUGAAAGCUGCCAUCAAAGCUAUGUCUGUUAAGGUGAUUGAGAUACCAGGGGUAGAAGCAGAUGAUGUCAUUGGAACAUUGGCUGUAAAUAGUGUCAAGGAUGGGUUCAAGGUACGAGUUGUUUCUCCGGACAAAGAUUUUUUUCAGAUUCUCUCUCCUUCAUUACGUCUUCUACGAAUUGCACCACGCGGUCUUGAGAUGGUUUCAUUUGGAAUGGAGGAUUUUGCUGAAAAAUAUGGAGGAUUGGAACCUUGUCAGUUUGUUGAUGUGGUGGCUCUUAUGGGUGACAAAUCUGAUAAUAUUCCAGGAGUUGAAGGAAUUGGAGUUGUUCAUGCUGUGGAACUGAUCACUAGAUUCGGCACAUUGGAGAAUUUGUUGAAAUGUGUUGAUCAAGUAGAAGGGGAGAGCAUUAGAAAGGCCUUGAGAGAGCAUGCAAAUCAGGCAGUUCUUAGCAAGGAGUUGGCAAAGUUACGUUGUGAGCUUCCAGAGUACAUGGUCCCAUUUGCUGCCACAGAUCUGAUCUUUAAGAAACCAGAGGACAAUGGGGAGAAAUUUUCAAACCUCUUGACUGCCGUUAGCUCGUAUGCCGAAGGCUUUUCAGCUGAUAUGAUCAUCAGAAGAGCAUCCAAGUUGUGGAAGAAGCUUGAAGCGCGGUGA